AGAUCACACCAUUCGCCCGUAAAGUCCUCCCGAUCGUGUGCGCGCGUGAUUUUCCCACCAUUCUGCCAAUCAAUUGUGCAGUGCAGGUGUUGCGAUAGCUUUUCCGGGAAGACAUCUCGAGGUGAUUCAGCGCCAAAUAUUCCCCAUCUCAUGGCGCAGUACGCCUCAUUGAGAUCCAUUAGUCCAGUGUCAGGAGAUCAAGUGAUCCCCAUAGUUUGGAAAAUUCUCUGGCACUUUAUUUGUUAAUUACUACUCUCACAGUGCUCGUGUGUCGCAGUUUUGUGCGCGCGAAAGUGAAUAAAUACGCAGAUCGUGUGCUGAACUCAAGCCCGUUUAGGUGGCCGGCAUCCACCACGCUUGUGGAAGAAAGUACAUAAAAAAAUAAUCUCAACUCAAUGGGAAGAAAAUUAAAGGCUAAUUGAGCUAAAAUAAAAUGAGCGAUUUUGUGUAAAUGGACAAAAAAGUGGCUGUAAUAUCUCUUACUUAGUUGGAGGCCCUCACUGUGAUCUCGUGCGCUCGUGUUUUGCCUCGCUUAAUCGCCAUCUCCGCAUAUGGAUUAAAUUUUAAUACCACAUACAGAUUGAGAGCAAAUUGCGAUUCACUUGUUCUCUCCACAAGAGGUCAAUUUGCUCCUAAUACAGCAUUUUUUGCUGCCCCCAAAAAAAUCUACAUAAUAAAUUAAUAAUGUGCUGUGUGCCAUGAAAAGUGCCAAAAAGAAAAUUCUAUAAUUAUAAUUCACUUCGAAAUAAAAAAAAACGUCGCAUUGGGAAGAAUUGUAUGUGUGUGCUCUUCCCACGACGACGACAUGUGAAGUGAUUGGGGCUCUGGCCAGAAGUUGUGCGAAUCCGUUAAGUUUUAGAAAAAGAAGCGACUGACCGGAAGAUUGCGGUGCGAGAUUCCACAAGAUCGCACGAAGAAUGAAUAAAUUGCGAGAUUUUCGCGCCAAAUCGCCUCAAUUGGGCGGGAAUUUUCUCAACACCAUCUCACGAAGUUGCUCCAAUGUUAGUCACAAAUUCCUGAGGCGCAGUCCCGGCCGUCGUGCUGGGAAUCAUCAACGUGCCAUAUCAUCUGGGAGUUAUGAUCUCACGGGGCCCGGUGUAGAGCCUCGCUUAGAGAUUGGGCAUCCCAUUCUGAUCAACAAGACUGCCAUCGAUGUGGACAGCAUUGAUUUGCGCACAGCAACAACCACCGAAGUGGAUUCUGUGAUUCACGAAACUGAGACAGAAUCUUCGGAUUCUGAAGUAUCGCACGUACCUCAUCUCCAGGACAUUACGUUCUCAUUCUUGCCACAGCAUGAGGGAUUUAUUGAGCAGUCAACUGACUACGAAAUUCCCCCAAAUCCAAAGAGGGUCUCUCCCAUUGAGACGACACUCAAUGCGAAUACAAAAACCAAAUCAAAAUCUUCAGCAAAUCUCCACAAAUCCGAACUCACUGUCUACCUCCGGAGGUGCUCUUCAGUUCGCCUCAUUAAGCAUCAAGUGGCUACAAUUGAUAUCCCCCUGGAGAAUAAAAAGAAUCACGUUUUUGGAAGGAAAUCACUACCACCGGAAUUUCCACCACCACCACCACCGCCAAUUUUCUCUGCUACUGAGAAGCAACAAAAGGAAAUCCCAGAAAAUACUUACGAGACUGCUGGAAGUCUUCGUCGUAGGGCGAGCUACUCGAAAGCAGUGAAAGAUACGGAAAGUGGAGAGGAGACCUCAAGUACCAACCCUCAAGAACCUGCAGAUGAAAUCCAAGAGAUGAUGGAGAGUAUGAAGAAGGAAACAGAUCUACAUCCUGGCAAGAGUCUCACACACAUUUUCUCUGAUAGUCGUGUGAAUCUUCUGCGGGGGAAGAAUCUCAAGAUGCCCCAGUUCAAUCGGACAAAAGCCAAAAAUGCCUGGAGUGGCUUCCGGCAUUGGCUGGGAGAGGAAGUAGCCAGGGUACGUCCCCAUGGGGAGGAAAACAUCCCAACAAAAGACGAUGAGGGUGCCAUGGGGAAUCAUGGGGAGGAGAUUGUGAUGGAGAACCCAUCAACUGGCCCAGACAGCAGUCAUGAGGGUCAAAGUGGAUUUGAAGAACUUCGACGUUACGUGAAGCAAGGCGAUGAUUUUAGCAAGGAAAUGCUGGCCAUUCUCCAGGAAAGGGCCGAGGCGGAACUCACGUAUGCAAAAUCUCUGUCGAAGAUGGCCAUCAAGCUGAACAAGGCGUGUCGUGAAGUUCCAGCAAAUACGGCAAAUUCCUGGCGGAACGUGGCAGCUGAAAUGGAGGCCCGUGGAGAGAUUCACAGGCAGUUUUCCAGCUCCAUGGCCGAAGAGAUCGUAAAGCCACUCAAGGUGAUCAUGGAGAAUCAGUACAAGGCACGAAAAGCCGUUGAGGGUACAGUGGACAAAUCUGCGAGGAUCCUCUCGGAUUGGCGGUCAAGUGAGGCCAAAGCAAAGUCCAAGUGUGCCAGUGCGGCCAAGAAGAAUGAGAAACUCCAGGACACAGGUCUAGAUGUUAGAAUACAGCGAAGUCCCUCACUGGGGAUCUUGCACCAUGGGAAUGGUCUUCCACUGCCAACGCGCAAUCCUGAAAAAGAGGAGCGUCUCACAGAGAAGGAGAAAGCCAAAUUGGAGACAAAACGCCGAAAGGCUGAGGAAGCAGUGAAAAGGGCCGACGUGGAGUACUACACAUCCUGCGUAAGGGCUGAACGAGCUCGUGUGGAGUAUGAGAAAGCCAUAGGAAGGGGUUCAACGGUUCUUCAGACACUAGAUAAUCAGCGACAAAUCCACAUGCGCACCUACAUCGAGAACUUCCUAAAACUCAUCCCCUACGCUGCGGAAUUCAGCUUGGAAUCCGAUCUCGGGGGCUCAGAUGAGACGCCCGUUGUGAUGGAUAUCAAGAAUGAUGCACUCAUUAAGCAUUUCAUCCGGCCCAGUUUGGGACGUAGCAAGAGUGUCGUGGAGUACGGAAGUCGCUCAGAGACACUCCCAAGUUCGGGAAUUUCAAUCAAUGGUCAGGCGAAUGGGUCUAUUGGUGGCAGGGAGAGUCCAAUCUGGGAUCGAGGAAUUGCAGAUGGUGGCUCAAAUCAGCAUGAUUCGGAUUUCGAUGAGUUCUCAUCGCACGACGAGGAGGAGGACUGCACCAGGAAGAGCGAUAAAUGCCCGCCAACACCUCAGGUCACAGAGAGCAAAGCCAUCGGACGGUGCAAGGCGAUUUACAACUACACGCCGAAGCUCUACGAUGAGCUAGAACUGAAUCCAGGUGAUAUUAUUGAAAUACACGUAAAACAGGAGGAUGGAUGGUGGCUUGGAGCACUACGAGAUCGCGUUGGAAUCUUCCCGGCCACGUACGUGGAAGAAAUUCCUUGAAAUUCCCUCCACUUUGGCACCUCAACGUGAAGAAUUCCUCUUCCCGCGAAAGAAAUAUUUUUAUUUAAAAAAUGUCUUUUUUAUUUUGUUCUGAGACAGAUUUAACAAGAAAGAAAAAGAUGUUAUUUAUAUUUACAAUUCUAAAUACAAAUUCUACGGACACUA